AUGGCGUCCCGCUUGGACCGCUUAGUCACCCUUCUGGAAACGGGCAGCACCCAGCUCAUCCGGAAUACCGCCGCCCAGCAGCUCGCCGACAUCCAGAAGGCCCAUCCGGAGGAGCUGUUCAAUCUCCUCACCCGCGUUAUCCCAUACCUUCGUUCCAAGUCAUGGGACACGCGCACCGCUGCCGCCAAGGCCAUCGGCGGCAUCGUCGAGAACGCCGAGAAAUUCGACCCCAACGCCGACGAUGAGCCACCCGUCAAGUCUGAAACCAACGGCCAUGCUUCCAACGGCGUCGCAAUCAAAUGGGAGCAGCUUGAGCUGCCUCCCCUCUCCGAAGAUGCUCUCCAGCUUGGCACCCUGGACAUCCCCAUGAUCCUCAAGAACGGAAAGCACCUGCUCGGCAGCGCCGGCAGAGAGUAUGACUUUAAGCUCGCAGCCAUGGACCCGGCAGAACGCCUGGCCUAUCAGAAAAAGAGCCUUAAGGCGCGUCUGGGAUUCGGCGGAGAGUAUUUUGAUGAGGACAUUGUCACCCAGGAAGACAUUGUACCCACGGCGUCGAGAUCUAGCAUGCCUCCACCAACUCCCGGCAUGCACCGAAUUGACACGAACGUGCCGCGCAACAACAGCAUAUCCUCCCCAGGCCAUAACCCUGCGUCGUCGCCGACCGAAAACACGGCCCAGACCCCGAUCGACGAGAACGGCCAUGCUCUCAGCAAGAGGCAGCUCAAUGCGCUGAAGCGCAAGAACAAGAUGCACCUGAAAGGUCAAGCCAACAAGGUUCGUGUCAUCGAUCUCUCCACGCGCAGAGGCAGCACAGACUACCCGCAGACACCCGCCGAGCCGACGCCGCAUCCCGUCAAAACCGAGGUCAAAGCAGAAGAGUCAGAGAGCACCAACAAAAUUGGGGAUUACUUUUCGAUAGAACGCCAAGGUGGCGAUGACGAGACCAAGGUCGUGUCGGAGUUCAAGGGCGCGCCCGUGCCAGAAAAGUCUACCUUCCAAACUGAAGCGGAAGAGGAGGGCUUGGAAUGGCCUUACGACAAGUUGUGCGAAAUCCUUACCGUCGAUCUUUUCGACCCCAACUGGGAGAUAAGGCACGGCGCUGCGAUGGGUCUCAGAGAAGUGGUUCGAGUACACGGUGCCGGAGCUGGCCGUUCACGCGGUAAGACUCGCGCGCAGAAUGACCUUCUCAAUCAGAGAUGGCUGGACGACAUGUCGUGCCGCAUCUGCUGUGUCUUCAUGUUGGACCGCUUCGGCGAUUAUGUAUCAGAUAAUGUCGUUGCACCCAUCCGGGAGACUGCGGGUCAGACUCUCGGCGCUGUACUUCAAUACCUUUCACCUGACCUGGUCCGGGCCGUAUACAUGGUCCUUUACCGCUUGGUGAUGCAAGACGAGUUCAACGAGAAGCGCGUCUGGCAAGCUUGCCACGGAGGCAUGAUCGGCAUGAGGUAUCUGGUCGCUGUCCGUAACGACCUGCUCUUGACGGAUUCUUCUCUCAUGGACGGCGUUCUCAACGCCGUCAUGCGGGGCCUCGGCGAUUUUGACGACGAUGUCCGGGCGGUCUCCGCUGCCACAUUGAUCCCAGUCGCCAAGGAAUUCGUCAACCUCCGUCCAGCUGCCUUGAAUAGUCUCAUCCACAUCGUUUGGGACUGUUUGUCUAACCUUAGCGACGACCUUAGCGCCAGUACGGGAUCCGUCAUGGAUCUGCUGGCCAAACUCUGUAGUUUCACGGAAGUUUUGGACGCCAUGAAACUCAAUGCCGCCAAGGACUCUGAGCAGUCGUUCACUCAUCUGGUUCCUCGUCUCUUUCCUUUCCUACGCCACACGAUUACGAGCGUACGCUCUGCUGUACUACGCGCAUUGCUUACCUUUUUGGCCAUUGAGGGCGAAGGCACCAAGGGUUGGAUCAACGGCAAGGCUCUCAGGCUGGUCUAUCAGAACCUUCUUGUGGAGCGCAACGAAGCUGUCCUAAAACUUUCAAUUCAGGUGUGGGACGCGCUUCUGGACGUCCUCGCCGCUCAAGGCCCGGAAGCCUUUGCCACUGAGUUCCAACCCCACAUUGAACCUCUUGUCACUCUUACUGCUCACCCGAUAGGCGUGUCUCGUCAUCCCAUACCGAUGGACACAACUCUCUUCAUCCGACCUUCUGGCCAGUCGUACGCGCCAAGCGGCCAUGCUUCUCGCCGAAUCUCUCCUGUGUCUUCCGCAGCGGAGCCAGCACCGAGAAAACGCCGGAGGAUUGAAAAGCCAAAGGAGAAGGAUACGCCGCCGCCCUCCGCGCACAACAUUGACGCUCCCAUGAUGGAAGGCGAUGUUGACCUCGUCGGCACUGAUACCAUCAUCCGGUCGAAGAUUUACGCCGCAACGGCCUUAGGCAAAGCCAUCGCAUUCUGGCCUGCCGCGUCGCGGCAAGCCGUUUUUGCGCCAAAGCUUCUGCCGUACCUGCGCUCUAUUUACUCGACGACGCAACUAACGACGUGCAUGAUUGCCGAAGAAUAUGCCAGGUCUUCGGGCGUGAAAGACGAUUUAUCACAUGACUUGGCAAAAGCUCUCCGUGUCAUGGUAGAAGGGGACAGGCCAGCCUGCUAUGGGGAUCUCACCAGCUAUCUUACCAUCGUCCGUGCACAGUGCCAGUCGUUACUCAACACCUUCCGCGAUCUUGGACAUAUCCCGCCUGCCAAGCUGCCUCAACUUGCCGUCAUUGUACAAGGCGAGCCGGAUGCCAGCCAAUACGCCUUUUCGAUCACGGAUGGAGAAAAGAUCAUCGGUACUGAUUUUGAGCGGCUAAGAAAGGCCCUGACUCCUGCAAGCCGCGUGGCUGCUCUCCAACAGCUCCUUGCCGCUCAGUCCGAUGCACAAAACGCGAUAGAAGAGGCCAAGGAUGUCAAGCAAGAGCGCGAUGUCCGCAUCAAGGCCGCCGCGGCAGGCGCCAUUGUUGCGUUGGACGAGAUUCCGAAGAAGCCUGCCUUGACUAUUAAGGGCAUGAUGGACAGCGUCAAGAAUGAGGAAAAUGUCGAGCUUCAGAAGCGCUCUGCGGCAUCUGUCGCUGUCCUCGUCGAGCACGUUGCUACCAACGGCAAGCGUGUCAUCGUAGAAAAGGUCGUCGGAAACCUCGUCAAGUUCUGCUGCAUGGAGACUGCGGAAACGCCAGAAUUCCAUGUCAAUGCCGACGUGGAAAUUGGCAUUCUGUCUCUUAAGAAGGAAGAGGAUAUCCGCGACCAUCCGGAUGCUGCUCGCUUCGAGAAGGAGGCCAGAGCAGCGCGCAUCACUAGGCGCGGUGCAAAGGAAGCUUUGGAGCAAAUGGUUAUCAAUUUCGGCGCCGGACUGUUCCAAAAGAUUCCUAUCCUACGCACUCUGAUCGAAUCCCCUAUCAAGAAGACCUUUGAGAGAGAAGACCUCCCCGCCGACAUCAGGGACCCGGAAAGCACUCUUGGCCAGGAAGUUGUGGAUGGCCUUUCGACCCUGCGUGCAUUAGUGGGCAAGUUCCACCCGGAUCUGCACGCGUUCGUUCUCGAAUUACUGCCCUUGAUCGCGCAAGCGUUGAAGUCAAAGCUCUCCGUCCUUCGGUAUGCUGCGGCGAAGUGCUUCGCUACUAUCUGCAGCAUCAUGACCGUUCAAGGCAUCACUAUGCUCGUCACCAAAGUCCUGCCAAACAUCAGCAAUCCCGUCGACGUCCACUACCGCCAGGGAGCUAUCGAGUGCAUCUAUCACCUUAUCCAUGUUAUGGAGGAUGGAAUAUUGCCUUAUGUUAUCUUCCUCAUCGUACCGGUGUUGGGCCGUAUGAGCGACUCCGACAACGACGUCCGCCUCAUUGCCACCACGACCUUUGCAACGCUCGUCAAGCUGGUGCCGCUCGAAGCGGGCAUCCCCGACCCCCCUGGACUUCCUCAGGAGCUGUUGGAGGGCAGGGACCGUGAGCGCGAGUUCAUCGCUCAAAUGCUUGAUGCAAAGAAGGUCGAGCAAUUCGAUAUCCCAGUCGCCAUCAAGGCCGACCUCCGCUCGUACCAGCAAGAAGGCGUCAACUGGCUUGCUUUCCUGAAUCGUUACCACCUCCACGGCAUUCUUUGCGAUGACAUGGGUCUGGGUAAGACGUUGCAGACUAUCUGCAUCGUGGCGAGCGACCACCACAACCGUGCAGAGGAAUUUGCCAAGUCUGGCGCGCCAGAUGUGCGUCGCUUGCCUUCGCUGAUAGUCUGUCCCCCUACUUUGUCUGGCCAUUGGCAACAGGAGAUCCGCACCUACGCUCCGUUCCUCAACCCCGUCGCGUACGUCGGUCCGCCUGGUGAACGCGCCAAGGUCAAGAGCCAGCUCGAUACUGCUGACAUUGUCAUCACGUCCUAUGACAUCUGCCGUAACGACAUUGAUGUUCUAGCACCGAUGAACUGGAACUACUGCGUAUUGGACGAGGGCCACUUGAUCAAGAACAGCAAGACGAAGACCACUAUUGCUGUCAAGCGUCUCCUCUCUAACCACCGUCUCAUCCUUACUGGCACGCCUAUUCAGAACAACGUCCUUGAGCUCUGGUCAUUGUUCGACUUCCUCAUGCCCGGGUUCCUGGGAACAGAGAAGGUCUUCCAAGACCGCUUCGCCAAGCCCAUUGCUGCAUCUCGUUUCUCCAAAUCAUCCUCAAAGGAGCAGGAAGCGGGAGCAUUGGCUAUUGAAGCCCUUCACAAGCAGGUCUUGCCAUUCUUGUUGCGUCGUCUCAAGGAGGAAGUCCUGGACGACUUGCCGCCCAAGAUUUUGCAGAACUAUUACUGCGAUCUUUCAGAUCUGCAGAAGAGGCUGUUCGAAGACUUCACGAAGAAGGAGGGCAAGACGCUCGCCGAAAAGGCCUCAAACAACGACAAGGAGAGCAAGCAGCACAUCUUCCAGGCCCUUCAGUACAUGCGCAAGCUUUGCAAUUCGCCCGCACUGGUGAUGAAGCCGGAGCACAAGCAAUAUGCCGCGAUUGAGCAGUAUCUCUCUAAGUCUGGCAGCAGCCUUCGCGACGCUGCACACGCACCCAAGCUUACCGCUUUGCGCGAUCUGUUGGUCGACUGCGGCAUCGGCGCCACACCUGCCGAUGGUGCUCACGGAGACAUGCCGCCCACUGCCGCCGAGGCCGUCUCGCCGCAUCGGGCGCUAAUCUUCUGCCAGAUGAAGGAGAUGCUUGACAUGGUGCAGGAUACGGUGCUGAAGAAGAUGCUGCCGAGCGUACAGUUCAUGCGUAUGGAUGGCAGCGUCGAAGCGAACAAGCGCCAGGACAUAGUGAACAAGUUCAACAGCGACCCGAGUUAUGACGUGCUGCUGCUGACGACGAGCGUGGGUGGCCUGGGGCUCAACCUCACGGGCGCCGACACGGUCAUCUUCGUCGAGCACGACUGGAACCCACAGAAGGACAUGCAGGCCAUGGACCGCGCGCACCGCAUCGGCCAGAAGAAGGUCGUCAACGUGUACCGCAUCGUGACGCGCGGGACCCUGGAGGAGAAAAUCUUGAGCCUCCAACGCUUCAAAAUCGACGUGGCCAGCACGGUGGUGAACCAGCAGAACGCGGGCCUGGGCACUAUGGAGACGGACCAGAUCCUAGACUUGUUCAACCUGUCGACAGACUCGAGCGAGCCGCCCGGCGGCGCCGGGGGCGCGGGCGCAGGCGACAAUAUCAACGAGGACGACGCGGUCGACGCGACGGGCGAGGUGCGCGAGAAGGGCAAGCGCGGCUUCUUGGAUGAGCUGGGCGAGCUGUGGGAUGAGCGGCAGUACCAGGAGGAGUUUGACCUGGACAAUUUCUUGGCGACGAUGAAGGGAUAG